AUGGAUCCAUCUUCAAUCAGCACUCUGUUUGAAGACUCCAUUCAAAUCUCCCCUGAUGAAAUCACUUUCAGCCUUAAUCCUGGCGAAGUGGACGAACCUCAAGAAGCCAACAAAGUAUUGUUGGGAAAAAUUAUUAGUAAGCACAAGUUGGGCAAAGCAGCCAUUCAAGGAUCGCUUAAUCUGUCAUGGAAAGCCAUCAAAGGAUGGAAAUGGAAAGAGAUUGAGACAGGGUUGCUGCAGUUCACGUUUAAUAAGAGGGAUGAUGCUAUGAAUGUCCUAGCUAGACGUCCGUGGUUCGUUUGUGGUGCAUUGUUGGUCAUAAUGCCAUGGCCGACAUGGCUAACACCCGCAGAAGUCCGGUUCGAUAAAACUCCAAUCUGGGUGAAAGUUGAGAGUAUUCCACCAUUCUACUGGAAUCUCUCAAACCUAAAAGAAAUAGCAUCCAAUGUCCAUGAAUUGCCCCCUGGGAUAGAAGAUGCUGUGGGGCUAAGUACGCUCAGGUUCCGCGCUACUAUAGACUUAAACAAACCCAUUUUCUCUGGUUUCUUUCUCCGUCGACAGAAACUGAAGGACUUAUGGAUUCAAUAUAAGUAUGAGAAACUAUCCAAGCUCUGCUUCAAAUGUGGGCUUCUCACACAUGAUCAAAGUAUGUGCUUUAAGUCCCCCACAGUAGUCAAGGAUGAUAAGGGAAACUACUACCCGAUGUUCAGAAUAUGGCUGAAAAGCGAUGCUCAAGAGAAAUCCACAUUCACGACUCCCCGGGCCAAAUGGUUCCAGGACUGGAUUCUCCAAAAGCAACUCGGUAGAGACCCUGUACUUCGCAACUAG